AUGCUCUCGUGGGGGGUCGCGCUGGGCGCGGCACAUGCGCUGGGCGCGCUCGCGACCAGCCGCACGUUUUUUCAGCCGGACGAGUACUGGCAGACGCUUGAAAUCGCACACAGGAUCGUGUUUGGGUACGGGUACCAGACAUGGGAGUGGCGCGGCGAGGCGCCGAUCCGUAGCGUCGUGCACCCUGCGCUCUUUGUGCCGCUGUACGCGGUGCUGAAAGAGACGGGGCUCGAUAGCAGCGCGUACUUGAUGUCCACGGCACCGGCACUGUGGCAGGCAGCGAUUACGACGGCAGGCGACGUUGCGUUUUUUCGCCUCGCGCGGCGACUCGGCGGAGAGGGGCUCGCGUACGCUUGGGCGAUAGUGCACCUGCUUUCCAUGUACGGAACGUACACGUACACGCGCCCUUUUUCGAACUCGACCGAGGCGGCGCUGUGCAGCAUCGCGCUGCUGUACUGGCCCUUGACGCCAGCGGCAGCUGCACACGGGAGCCUGCUCGUGUUUGACGUAGGCGUAUUUGCGGCAUUCGCCGCCGUGCUCCUGCGUCCGACAAGCCUCUUGCUCUGGGCUUUCCUUGGGGGAAAGGCGCUGCGGGACGCAGCGCAGUGGGGCGGCCCAAAGCGCACAGCAGCGCUCGUUGCGCACGCGGCGUGCGUGGGGUCGCUAGUAUUGUGUGCAGGCAUUGCGCUCGACUCGUGGUACUAUGGCGAGCGUGUCGUGACGGUGUGGAACUUUUUCUACGAAAACGUCGUGCAAUCUUUGUCUGUCUUUUACGGCGCGCAUCCGUGGCACUGGUACUUAUCCCAAGGGCUGCCGUUGAUCCUCACUGUCGCGAUGCCGUGGGCGCAAAAGGGUUGGAGCAACGCGCUGUACCAGCCGAGCUCCAGCGCGAUGGCCACGCUCGGGGGCCUCUGUGCGUGGACCGUCGGCGCCUAUUCGCUGCUGAGCCACAAAGAGGCGCGCUUCUUGCAGCCGCUGCUGCCCAUUUUUCACCUGUUUGCUGCGAGCGCGAUCGCGCCUCCUAGCGGCGGAUGGGGCACCGCGUGGCGUGCAUUUCCACGGGCGCUGCGCUUCCUUCUCCUCGCCCAGGUCCCGGUGACGCUCUAUCUCGCGGCCUUUCACGCCAAAGGGCAGAUCGAGGUCGUGCAAUACGUGCACGCUAUUGCGACGCACCGCACAACGUUUGGCUUCCUCAUGCCGUGCCACUCUACGCCGUGGCAGAGCCACAUGCACGCACGUGUCCUCGAGAUGACCGACAUGGACAGUGAACUGAUGAGCGGCGACGUGGGGCGCGCGUGGUUCCUCGCGUGUCCCCCGCCACGCAACAAGGACCCCGCCACGUACUGGGACCAGUCCGACUUUUUCUUUGCGGAUCCCGUCCGCUACCUCCGCGACCGCUUCCCUGCGCGCGUCGAUACCCAGUUUCCUCCUAUGCGGCAGUACCACUUUCACAAGCCGCGGCCUACUAACGCGACCGACGCCGUGUCCCAGCAUGUACAGAGCGACCUGGGCUGGCGGCAUACGUGGCCGUCGCACCUCGUCCUGUACACGUCGCUCCUCGACAUGCGUGAAAGUGACGGUGGCGACACGGUCGGCGCCUUUUUGCGCCGCCGCGGCUACGUCGAGACACGGCGGAUUUGGAACGCGCUCUCGCACCCGGACUGGAACCGCCGUGGAGACAUUGUCGUGCUCCAGUUUGAGGACGAGCGCACGCGUUUCUUCAAAAAUCAUACAGUCGUUCCAGGUAUAUAG